GUUGUCGGCCUGAAGUGAGUUUGCCGGUGGGCCCAGAACCGGCUCCGCGGGAACGACGGCCCCGGGAGGCGGAGGAGGAGCAGCCCCCGCCCCGGAGUCCUCGGGAGCCUCGGGGCAGCUCGGCGUGUCCCAACGGGGUCAGUCGUUAACAGUCUGUAUGCUUUUCCAAGAGCAGCAGAGAAUGAACGAAUCCCAGGGGCCAGUGUCAUUCAGGGACGUGGCCGUGGACUUCACCCAGGAGGAGUGGCAGCAGCUGGAGCCUGAUGAGAAGACCACGUACCGGGAUGUGAUGCUGGAGAACUACAGCCAUCUCGUCUCCGUGGGCUACGACAGCACCAAGCCCAAAGUGAUCCUCAAGUUGGAGCAGGGAGAGGAGCCGUGGGUAGCCGAAGGUGAAGUGCAGUGUCAGAGUCAGCCAGAAGAAGUUUGGAAGGCAGAUGACCCGAUAGAGACAAUCCCAGGAAGUGAAGAAGAACAUUCAAGGCAAGCUAUUUCUAGCAACAGCAAAACCCCGGUUGAAGAAAGAGAGAAUGCAUUUGAUAAAACAUGUAAUGUGGAAACAAGCCUUGUUCCUUCAAACGUAACACCUCAAACGUGUGUCUCCUGUGGAAAGAAGUUAGAAUCUACUUCAGAAUUAAUUAUUAGUGAUGGAAGCUAUGCGAGAAAGAAACCUGAUGAGUGUAGUGAAUGCGGGAAGAUGUACCACGGAGGGAAACCCUAUGAAUGUAAUCAAAAUGGGGAAGGCUAUUCUCAAAAUGAAGAGAGUAUUCUUCAGAAAAUUAAUAUUUUGGAGAAACCCUUUGAAUAUAAUGAAUGCAUGGAAGCCUUAGACAAUGAUGCUGUUUUCCUUGCUCAUAAGAGAGCUUAUAUGGGGGAAAAGCCCUAUGAGUGGAAUGACUCUGGGUCAGACUUCAUCCAGAUGUCAAAUUUUAAUGUUUACCAGAGAUCACAGAUGGAAUUAAAGCCUUUUGAAUGCAGUGAAUGUGGAAAAUCCUUCUGUAAAAAGUCAAAGUUAAUCAUCCAUCAGAGGGCCCACACAGGAGAAAAACCUUACGAAUGUAAUGUAUGUGGGAAAUCCUUCAGCCAAAAGGGGACCUUAACCGUCCAUCGGAGAUCACAUUUAGAGGAGAAGCCCUAUAAAUGUAACGAAUGUGGGAAAACCUUUUGUCAGAAGUUACAUCUCACCCAACACCUGAGAACUCAUUCAGGUGAGAAACCCUAUGAAUGUAAUGAGUGUGGGAAAACCUUCUGCCAGAAGACUCAUCUCACCCUACACCAGAGGAAUCAUUCAGGAGAGAGACCCUAUCCGUGUAACGAAUGUGGAAAAUCCUUUUCACGCAAGUCUGCCCUCAGUGACCACCAGAGAACACAUACGGGAGAGAAACUUUACAAAUGUAACGAAUGUGGGAAAUCCUACUACCGAAAAUCUACCCUCAUUACACAUCAGAGGACCCACACGGGAGAGAAACCCUAUCAGUGCAGUGAGUGUGGGAAGUUCUUCUCUCGGGUGUCGUACCUCACUAUACAUUAUAGAAGUCACUUAGAAGAGAAACCCUAUGAAUGUAACGAGUGUGGGAAAACCUUCAAUUUAAAUUCAGCCUUCAUUAGACAUCGGAAAGUACACACAGAUGAGAAACCCCAUGAAUGUAGUGAAUGUGGAAAACUCUCUCAGUUCUCCUAUGUCACUGACCAUCCUACGGCUCCUUUAGGAGAUAAACCCUAUGAAUGUAAUGAAUGUGGGAAAAUCUUCCUUGACAGUUCGGCCUUCAGUGGGCACCAGUCACUUCCGAAAGGGGAGAAAUCCUAUGAAUGUAACAUCUGUGGAAAAUUGUUCUCUGAGUUAUCGUAUUACACUAUCCAUUACAGGAGUCAUUCUGAAGAGAAGCCCUAUGGAUGCAGUGAAUGUGGGAAAACCUUCUCCCAUAACUCAUCCCUCUUUAGACAUCAAAGAGUGCACACAGGAGAGAAGCCCUAUGAGUGUUAUGAGUGUGGGAAGUUCUUCUCUCAGAAAUCCUAUCUCACCAUCCACCACCGGAUCCAUUCGGGAGAGAAGCCCUAUGAAUGUAGUAAAUGUGGGAAAGUCUUCUCUCGGAUGUCAAACCUCACCGUUCACUAUAGAAGCCAUUCAGGAGAGAAGCCCUACGAAUGUAAUGAAUGUGGAAAAGUCUUUUCUCAGAAGUCAUACCUCACUGUACACUAUAGGACUCAUUCAGGAGAGAAGCCCUACGAAUGUAACGAGUGUGGGAAAAAAUUCCACCACAGGUCAGCCUUCAAUAGCCAUCAGAGGAUUCAUAGGAGAGGGAAUGUGAAUGUACUGGACGUGGAGAAUCUCCUGUGAAGUCAAAACCCUCUGAGUAGACCGAAAUGUAAUAGGGAGUCAGAUGUCACUGAGAGUUCAUGUUUCUGAAUGGGGAAAGCCAUUUAGGAAUUAAAUUUAUCUCCACCUGAUUUCUCAUGGAGAAGGAUCCCUAGGAAUGAAAGAAGCAGCAAAGCCUUCAGCAAAACACUGCAAUCUGUUGGGCAUGAGAUAAUUUAUACAGGAGUGAAACUUGGUGCAUAUUUAAUAUUUAUGUUGGAAUUCGAAUUGUAUUUACAUAUCAGGGAAUCAUACCAAGGCGAGAUCUGUCAGAGGGAUGAAUGUGGGAAAACUAUUGUCUUGGAAAUUGUUAUACUAAAAGCCAUAUUUCUGACAUAAAUUCCAAUAGGAAUUCCAAUAGGAAAGCUAUCAGAAGCUAUCAGCUCUGAAUAAACCAUUGUAUCAAAUGAAGUUUUGGAAUCACCAGGAGUUUAUAAUGAGGACUGUAACAUUAAACAUAUAUAUGGCAGUCCUAUCAUGUUUUAAAAAUGCAGUCCAAUAGUAAUUCUAUGCAAAUUGGGAUUUGAAUUAUUUGGGAAAAGGCAGUAUUUUGAGUAUUAAGGUGGCAAAAUGUACUAACACAGGAUAUGUGUUGUUGGUGAGACAUUUGCUAGGUACCAGGUAGUUAAAUACUUUUCUCUUUGUUGGGAGGCAUUGACAAAUGGAUUUUUAGCAAAUGCCCCAUCAAUGAAGGCUAAGUGGUGGCUUUUGUAGCAUUUUCAACUACAUUUGAGCAAAAAGGAUUUUAAGACACUCUUCAUAAACUGCGCAUAGAUGAUUUGGAGUUAAGUCUGUGUCAGUAAAAGAGGGCAUCCACGCAGUUUAUCUGUAGAAUACACACAGCUCUCAUACCACUCUGCUUGUCUAAUUGUUAGAGUGCGCAGUGUGCUGAUAUAAUUCAGAUACGUCCUCUCUUCUUUUAUUUGACAUGAAUACUAUGGCAUUUUGUGCACUGCCCCUCAUUCCCAGUAUUUUGGAACAAAUACAGGUUUCUAGCAGAGUUUUAAUUGAUUAACUCAGUGUCCUUUUUCCCCUAAUUCCUUGCUGGAAGAGUUUGUUCACCGUUUCUUCACAAGACACAGAGAGUGGAUCCUGAUUCGUCUAAACCAAUCAUGAUAAUUCCAUUCAGAUUGUGAGUAACCUCUAUAGUGGUCACACGACCCAGUUCACUGGGCCAAGGAAUGCAAGGAUCAUUUAAUAAUCAAAAAUUAAUCACUGGACUGCAUCAAAGAAACAAGUAAUCUAGAAUGCAGAAAAGUCAUUGGUACAGUCAGCAUCCAUUAGUGUUCUCCAUAAACUAUAGAUUUGAGGGGAACUUCCCUACUUGGACGAAAAGUAUCUAAAACUAUAACUACCAGCAUACCUAAUACCGAAAUAUUGAAAGUUUUCUCCAGAAUGAAAAAAAAAAAAGGCUAUCCACUGUCAGUAAUUGUAUUCAGUAUUCUGCAGAAGGACGUAGCCAGGAGAAUAAGGGAAGAAAAAUAAUUAAAGAGCAUAAGGAUUAGAAAGAAGUAAAACUUUUAUCUGCAAUUGACAUGAUUUUGUACUUUGAAAGUUCUGAGGAAUGCACAGAUAAUUGAAAUGAAUGACUAGGUUUAGCAAACUCCCUACAUAUUAAGCUCAUUAUGCAAAAAUAGUUUUUUAAUAUACCAGCAGUGAACAUAAAAAAUGAAAAACUUAAAAAGCAAUACCACUUACAAUAGCAUCAAAAUUCCUCAAGUGCCUCGAGGGAACAUUACCUAACUCCAUAUUUUCAAGAACCGUUUCUAGAAAAAAAAAAAUCACAAAACUUGAGAGGGCCAUAUCUAGUUCAUGGAUUCCAGGACAGUUUUUAAAAGAUCUCAGUUUUCCCCCAAAUUAAUUCAUAUAUUCAAUGCAAUCUUAAAAGUCCUACUAAGUUCUUUAAUUGAAAUUAAACAAACUCUAAAAUUCAAAUGAAAAUUCAGAAGACCAAUAAUAGUCAAGGCUCUCUUCUGAAAUAGGCAGAGUGAAAGAACUUAUAUUACCAGGUAUCAAGGAAGAGCGGUCAUAAAGCUACAGAAAUUAUUAUAAUUGGUGCAGAGAUAAACAAAUUGACCAUUGGGACAGAAGAAAGAUUCCAGAAACACCCAUAUAUAAUAUAGUCACUUGGUUUUUGCUGAAGAUGAUAAUGCAGUGGGGAGAGGAUAUUCUUUCUAAUAAAUGCUUUGCCAGUUAAAUUUAAUAAUUUAAUGGAAAAUAGAAGAGUGGGUUGUGAUGGAUUACAGAUCUCAGUAUGAAAUGUAAAAUAAUAAAACUUUAAGAAGAGAACUUAGCAGACUGUAUGUAACCUUAUAAUGAGAAAAUUUUUCAUAAGACCCCCAAGUCACUAAACUAUAAAAAUCAGUUAAUUUGGAGUUUAUUAACUUUCUGAAACUUGGGUUUAUUAAAAGGACCCCCAUUAAGAAAGCAACUAGGCAAGAAACGGGGGAGAAAAUAUUUGCAACCUAUGUAUAUGACAGCAGAAUUGAGUGUAGAGGAGGGGGUGGUGAUGGUUUUUGGAAGGUGCCACUUGUUAAACACUUGGGGCUCUGUGGGCUAGACAAUCUCUGUGAACUUGUCUGUUUCAAUAAAACUUUAUUCACAAACACAGGCAACAGUCGAUUUGGCCCAAAGGCCACACUUUCCAGCCCUGGAUCUAAAAUUGAAAAUACAAAUCAACAAGAAAAAAAUAGAAAAAUGGGCAAGAGAUUGGGACAUCCACUUAACGAAAGAGAAUAUCCAGAUGGCCAGUAAACAUGAAAAGGUAUGUUAUUUUUAUUAGUAAUCAGGGAAAUGCAAAAUUAGAACACCAGCCCCCCACUGAGAUGGUUAAAAUGAAAGCAUGAAAAAGAAUCAAGUUUUGGCAAGGAGGUAAGCAACAGGAAGCCUUCUCUGCUUGAGGUGUUGCCAACUAGUAUGACCAUUUUGGAAAGCUGGCACUUUGAACGUGCGUAUACCCUUUUAACCCGAACCUGGCAGAUAGGCGCGUUUAUGUCAACCAAAGGACGUACUAAAAUACUCAUUGCAUAAAACUGCACAAACCAGAAUUCUCUGAAGGCAGGCAUGCAGUAGAAUGAAUGAACCUAGUGGCAUAUUUCCUUGCAGAAGACUUGUGAGCGUUGAGAACGAGUGAACCGUAAGUAUUUGCAGUAGUAGCUUGGUUUCACAGAGCUGAAUGACAGAAACCAGACAUAGAGGCACACACACUGUAUGACCAUCUGUAAAGCAUAAGAACAGAAAAUCUUUAUGCAGUUAGAAAUCAGGACAGCGGCUAGCCUUGGGCAAGGCUGAAAACGGUAUUUAUCUGGUGCUAGUAAUACUGUUUCUAAACCUGGGUGCUGAAUAUCUGAGUGUUCUCUGCACUUAAGACAUGUGUCUUUCUCUGCAUGUAUAUUGUUUUAAAAUCCUGCAUCAUUUUGUGCAGGAAAUAUUCUUUAGAGUAGUUUUAAUGGCAACUACAGAGAUUUCCUACACUGUGACCUUAAAGCUUAAUAUAAAGUAUAUUUUAAGUAAAAUAUUUGAAAAGGUGACUGGGCCAUUACAUAUUUUGUCAUCCUACCCUUUUGCAUAUAUAAAUGGGUCUGAACCACCUCUUCCAAUAAAGAACUAACGUGCGUAAACAUUUA